CAGACCCGCAGCCGUAGGUUUCCUCCCGUCCGCCUCGGUCGAUGGCGCCGCCACCGCCGCCGCCGAUUUCUUGCUCCGGCAUGUCCGCCUCAGCUGAUCGCUCUCCCCCGUGGGAGGAAGGCCGCGCCUCGGUUCGCAUCAGGUUUUCCUCUUCUCCUCCCAGCGGGACGGCGGCCGAGAGGCUCACCGACGACCUCCUUGUGGAAAUCCUCUCCCGUGUCCCGGUCAAGUCGCUCUGCCGCUUCAAGUGCGUCUCCAGCCACUGGCUGAGCCUCAUCCACCACCCGGACCACCGCAAGAAGCUCCCCCAAACCCUGGCUGGCUUCUUCUACACCACCGACGACUUUGAGCGCAUCCCGAUCUCAGCAUACCAUCUCGCCAAUUUCUCUGGGAGAAGCUGCCCUCCGAUAGACAAAUCUUUCUCCUUUCUGCGGAACCACCGGCGUGUUGAUCUACUGGAUUGUUGCGGCGGCCUCCUCCUCUGCAGCUGCUACACGGGCGAGGGUGACCGUUACAUCGUGUGCAAUCCCGCGAGGGAGGAGUGGGUGAUGCUGCCGGAAACAAGCAAUGCAGGCAUGAGGGGCACUGUAAGUUUGGGUUUCGAUCUGGCUGUGUCGCCCCACUUCCGUGUGUUUGUGUUGCUGGCGUUCAUGGAUCAUGAUGGUGACUUCGGCCGUGGCCUCACGAGGGCGGAUAUUUUUUCGUCUGAAACCAGGAGAUGGGUUCGUAAACAAAAGAGAUGGAACGAGAAUCUUUAUUUUCUUGGUCCUCGGCACCAAUCUACCGUUUUCCUCAACGGCUAUAUGCAUUUUUACGCCUGCAGCAUCACGUCAUCACAUUGUGUAGUUGCGGUUGACAUGGAGGGGGAAACAUGGACGACCUUCCGUAUCCCUGGCCAUCUGCGGCAUGGUUUUCUUCAGCUGUCACAGGGCUGCUUGCACUAUUCCAGUUUUCAGAAAGAUGAAGAUGAGGUGGUUCGACUAGUUGUUUAUGUUCUCGGGGACUAUGACAACAAAGAGUGGAUGAUGAAGCAUAGCAUUGAAACUUCACACAUAUCUGGAUGGAUACCUAUUGACCACCGUUGUAUCGCAAUUCAUCCGGAGUGUGACUUGAUCUUCUUCACCGCGGGAGUGGCUACCAAAAUCAUGUGCUAUAAUAUGAAUAGUCGGCAAGUCAAACUGAUCUCCAGUGUUGAAUAUGAUAAUCCACCAUAUCUUCUAUAUGUCCCAUUGUAUGCAGAAUUACAAUCAUUGCACACGUGAUUCGGUAGUCGGUUGUUCGUACUAUGGACCAGGGGGCUUGGGUUUGGUUCUCAUUUUCUUGAAUGAUGUGUGUACCCUUUUUAGUUUGGAGCUAUGGUAGUUCAGUACUUUGGCAGCAUGUCUGAUUUCUUUGAGAUUAGUUCAUGUAGUGUUGAAGGGAAAAACAUGCCAUGAUCAUUCUGUAAAAGACAUGAUAAGUGAUUAUCAUGAUAUCGUUAAUGUAGUUGGGGUAAAAUAAGUACUCCCUCCGUCCCAAAAUAUAAGAUCAUUUUUGAG